UUUAUUUAUUUUCAAACUUUAAUGGCGGUUCACUGACACAACUGAACUGAACACUUGUCAAUUAUUACACCCGCUGCCCUCUUGGUCUGGUGUUUCUUAAACUUUUCCUGCUCUUGUUAGCUCACAGAUGUGUGUUGCGUAACUCAGCCGCUGAUCAGAGCCCAGAAAUCCAAGGUCCAACUAUAGUUGGUGAUCUUUCUCAACGAGACUCAGUCCUCUCUGAGCAGAUCAACAGAAAUAGAGGCUAAACACUGUCAUUAAAGAUGGGAGACUGGGGGUUUCUGUCAACCUUGCUGGAAAAAGUCCAGUCACACUCCACUGUGAUUGGCAAGAUCUGGAUGAGCGUCCUCUUCCUGUUCAGAAUCAUGGUUUUGGGUGCAGGUGCUGAAAGCGUCUGGGGUGAUGAGCAGUCAGAUUUCGUCUGCAACACUCAGCAACCUGGUUGUGAGAAUGUGUGCUACGACCAUACUUUCCCCAUCUCGCACAUUCGUUUCUGGGUGCUCCAAAUCAUCUUUGUCUCCACGCCAACACUCAUCUAUCUGGGCCACGCCAUGCACAUCAUCCACAAGGAGAACAAGCUGAGGGAGCUGCUCUCCAGCCCUGGUGGCACCCAGUGCAAAAGGCCCAAAUACACAGAUGAAAGGGGGAAGGUGCAAAUCAAGGGGAAUCUACUGGGGAGCUAUCUGACCCAGCUUGCGGUCAAGAUAGUUAUUGAGGCCGGCUUCAUUGUGGGACAAUACUAUUUGUACGGCUUCGUCAUGGUCCCCAUGUUCCCCUGUUCUAGAAAGCCCUGCCCCUUCACUGUUGAGUGCUACAUGUCUCGACCCACAGAGAAAACCGUCUUCAUUAUUUUCAUGCUGGUGGUGGCCUGUGUUUCUCUGUUUCUGAACAUCAUUGAGAUGUUCUACCUGAUUUGCAAAAGGGUCAGGUGUAGACGUCGCCCUCAUAAGUUUACCUCUCCAGAAUAUCCUGCUAGCCUCUCAGGUCCAAGGUGGCCAACUGCAGAGGAAGCCCUCAAGCAGAACAGGAUGAAUGCAGAUCUUGAAGCCAGCCACAGUGUUGCAGGGAGCUUGGAUGGGGCAAAGGAUGAGAAACGACUCCUGAGCGGUCAUUAAAAACCACGUCUGUGACAAUUAAAAUGUAUUAUCUUGCUC